UUAAGAUAGUAGUUUUGAUUGCGAUGGAUUACGAACGUUGCUAGCUUGGAAAUUUGACGUCGUUCGUAGCUAAGGGCAACUCGAAGCCCUAAUUAUUUUUACGUAACGUUUUUAUUUUUGAAUUGAAAACAAGGACAGUUUUUUAAACGUUCAAAAUGGCGUUGAUGACGGUGAAAUUCGACUUGAAGAAGCGCGUGAAGCUAGCGCAGACGGUGUGGUUCAUGUACUGGUUCGCUGUUAUGGCGGGAAUCCUCGUCUUUAGCAUGGGGCUGUUUUUCAAAAUCGAGCUACGAAAACGCUCCGAACUUAUGGACAACAACGAGAGCCACUUCCUACCGAACCUGCUCAUCUUCAUGGGUUUGGUAAUCUGCUGCAUCAACGCUCUCGGGGGCAAAAUCUGCUACGAUUCGCUCGAUCCGUCCAAAUUCGUCAAAUGGAAACCGAUGUUGAAUAUCUUCCUAACCGGAUGCAUGAUUUUCAAUGCGUUGCUGCUCUCCACGGCGUUCCUGUGUUUUUUGAUGAGGAUUCCGUUGCAGUUCACGCUAGCGGAGGGGCUGAGAAACGGGAUGAGGUUUUACAAAGACACCGACACGCCCGGACGCUGCUACAUGAAGAGGACCCUCGACCUCAUGCAGAUGGAGUUCAGAUGUUGCGGCACCGACAGUUUCAGAGACUGGUUUGAGAUACAGUGGGUCAGCAACAGAUACCUGGACUUCAGCGCCAAGGAAGUCCGAGAUCGCAUCGGCAGUAACGUGGACGGGCAGUACCUGAUGGACGGCGUUCCCUUCAGCUGCUGUAACCCCUCGUCUCCGCGUCCGUGCAUCCAGUACCAGAUGACCAACAACACGGCUCACUACAGCUACGACCACUACACAGAAGAGCUGAACGUGUGGAGGAGGGGCUGCUCCGAGGCCCUGCUGUCCUACUACGGCGGCAUGAUGAACACGAUCGGGGCGCUCGUCAUCCUCGUCACUAUGUUAGAGGUCGGGGUCACCGUUGGCCUGCAGUACGUCCACUCCUCUCUUUCUUCCCUCUCGAACCCCGAGGACCCGGAGAGCGAGAGCGAGGGAUGGCUGCUGGAGAAGAGUGUGAAGGACACGUUCACUGACAUCAUGGCCAAAAUGAAGAUGGGCAAAGGAGCCAAAGUGGAGGAGGGAGGAGAGGCGCCCCCUGCAGCCAGCUGAACAACACUACACCUCUGACCCACACAGAAAGAG